UCCCUCCCUUUGCAAACGCCUAGUACGAAAAUCUCUAUGCCAUAUAUGGAAAAUAAUGAGCAUGAACCACUCCUCUCCACUAGUAGAGAUUAUGACCAUAAUCCACUACCUUCGUCCUUGCCUGAUGAUGAUGAGAACGACAUAGGUCCAGCCAAUGGAAUCCGGGACAUCUUUAGAGAAUUCUUUGUUGAGUCAAAGAAGCUCUGGCGGCUGGCGGCUCCGGCUAUCGUCACCUCCAUUUGUCAAUAUUCCAUGUGCGCUAUCACUCAAGUUUUUGCCGGCCAUCUUGGAACCAUCGAUCUUGCUGCCCUUUCCGUUGAAAACUCUGUCAUUGCUGCAAUCGGUUAUGGCAUCAUGUGGGGCUUGGGGAGUGCACUGGAGACCCUUUGUGGGCUAGCAUUCGGAGCUGGCCAGAUUGAUAUGCUAGGGACAUACAUGCAAAGAUCAUGGGUUAUUCUCAACACUGCUGCAUUAGCACUUGUGUCUCUCUAUAUAUUUGCAACCCAAUUCUUGAAACUAAUCGGGCAGACUGCCGAGAUAUCUGACGCUGCAGGGACGUUCGCCGUAUGGAUGAUUCCGCAGCUAUUUGCUUAUGCCAUGACCUUCCCACAAGCGAAGUUUCUACAGGCACAGAGGAAGUUCGUGGCCAUGGCCGUGAUCGCGGUGGCGGCCUUAUUUUUGCAUACUUUCUUUAGCUGGCUGUUGAUGCUGAAGCUGGGGUGGGGACUGGCGGGUGCAGCAAUUGUGCUGAACACGUCAUGGUGGUUCAUUGUGGUGGCUCAGCUGGUCUAUAUUUUGAGUGGGACAUGCGGUGGAGCAUGGACAGGGUUCUCAAUGGAGGCCUUUAAAAAUCUAUGGGGGUUCAUUAGGUUGUCUCUCGCAUCAGGUGUUAUGCUAUGCUUAGAGACGUGGUAUUUUGCGAUCCCCGUUCUCUUGGCUGGAUAUUUAGACAAUGAAGAGGUUUCAGUGGAUGCCUCUUCUGUAUGCAACAACAUACUGGGCUGGACAAUUAUGGCAGCUAAUGGAUUUAAUGCAGCCAUAAGUGUAAGGGUGUCAAAUGAACUAGGCGCAGCUCACCCAAAAACUGCAAAAUUUACGGUUGCAGUGGUUGGAAUAACUUCGUUCCUAAUUGGAAUAUCCCUUGCGGCCAUUCUAUUCAUCACCCGAAACCAGUACCCAGCGUUGUUUUCAACCAGUACAGAGGUCGAACAGCUUGUAUAUGAACUCACACCAGUGUUAGGAACGUGCAUCGCCAUUACCAGUGUUCAGCUUGCUCUCUCUGGGGUGGCCAUUGGAGCAGGGUGGCAAGCUUUGGUUGCAUGUGUGAACAUUGGUUGCUACUAUAUGUUUGGUCUUCCUUUGAGUCUCCUUAUGGGUUUCACUCUUAACAUGGGUGUAAAGGGAAUCUGGUAUGGAAUGCUUUCCGGAUUUAUGGCACAAACAUGUGCCAUGUUAUGGAUAAUUUAUACCACAAACUGGAAUAAAGAGGCUUCCAUUGCCGGAGACAAAAUUAUACAAUGGGGAGGAGAUAUAGAUGCUGCUGACAAGAACGAGUAUGAACAAAACGGUCUGAUGGCAUAGACCGCCAUGGAACAAGUGAAGAAGGAUCGAUCAUGGCAACAUUCAAUAACAAAUUUAAACGAAACUUCGCACCUACCCUUAUAUUCCAAUUCUAUGAAGUCAUAAUUAUGCUGGAUAUCAUGAGCAUCUAGAGAAGUAAGAUGUCCUACAUAGUUCCCAAAGCAUUAGAUAGAGCGUAGAAAGGACAUAUAGAUGAUUGCACUGCCUCGUUCCACGGACAACUUAUUCUAGAA